CAACCCGUCUCUUUAUAAGUCUUUCAUUUGAUGAUUCUCGUAUAACAAAGUUUUACUCCUAAACAAAACAUAACCACCCAACUUCUCCUUUCUCUCUCUCUCUUUCUCCUAUAGCUAGUCCCUUCUUUCUUCCAUUUUUCUUUCUUUCUUUAAUUCUCUAAUGGAUGUGCUUAUGCUAGUGUAUGCAUUCUUGAUCUUGUAUCCCCUCUUAUUGCUGUGGAGGUGGGUCGAUGCGAAAAGAGACCAAGAAUGCUAUAUACUAGACUAUGAGUGCUUCAAACCAACCGAUGAUAGGAAGCUUGACACUGAGUUUUGUGGGGAGGUGAUUAAGAGGAACAGGCAUCUUGGUCUCAACGAGUACAAGUUUCUCUUGAAAGCCAUUGUGAGCUCCGGCAUUGGAGAGCAAACCUAUGCUCCGAGGAUGGUUUUCGCCGGCCGAGAAGAAAACCCUACAUAUGAAGAUGGGAUCUUGGAGAUGGAGGAGUUUUUUAAAGAUAGCAUUGGAAAGCUCUUGGCCAGGACAGGCGUAUCUCCUCAAGAAAUCGAUGUUCUUGUGGUUAAUGUCUCGAUGCUUGCUGUGAUGCCUUCUUUAUCAGCUAGGAUCAUAAAUCACUACCAAAUGAGGGAAGAUAUUAAGGUAUACAACCUCACUGGGAUGGGCUGCAGUGCCAGCCUUAUAUCUAUCAACAUUGCUCAGAACAUUUUCAAGACUCACAAGAAUUUGUAUGCUCUUGUGGUCACCUCAGAGUCUUUGAGCCCCAAUUGGUACUCUGGGAACGAUAGAUCGAUGAUUCUUGCAAAUUGUUUGUUCCGUUCUGGUGGGUGUGCAAUCCUUUUGACCAACAAAAAGGCAUUACAGCACCGAACCAUGUUCAAAUUGAAAUGUCUAGUGAGGACACACCAUGGGGCUAGAGAUGAGUCUUAUGAUUGUUGCAUCCAAAAAGAGGACGAUCAAGGCCGCCUAGGGUUUCACCUAGGAAAGACUCUCCCAAAGGCAGCUACAAGAGCUUUGGUGGACAACCUUAGGGAAAUAACCCCUAGGAUCUUGCCUAUAAGGGAAUUACUCAGAUUUAUGAUAGUUUCCUUCAUAAAAAAAUGGAAUCAAGGUUCCAGCAGUAAAGGAGGAGGAGGAGGGACGAGUACUAGAGCAGCGAUUAACUUCAAGACUGGAGUUGAUCACUUCUGCAUCCACACUGGUGGGAAAGCGGUGAUAGAUGGAAUUGGAGUGAAUCUUGAUCUAUCUGAGUAUGAUUUGGAGCCAGCAAGAAUGACUCUACAUAGAUUUGGUAACACAUCAGCUAGUAGUCUUUGGUAUGUGUUGGGGUACAUGGAGGCCAAGAUGAGGCUGAAGAAAGGAGAUAGGAUUUUGAUGAUAAGUUUUGGUGCAGGCUUUAAAUGCAACAGCUGUUUGUGGGAGGUGGUGAGAGACUUGGGAGAUUGUAAUGUGUGGAGAGACUGUGUUGAUGACUACCCACCAAAGACAAUAGCCAACCCAUUCAUGGAGAAGUAUGGAUGGAUAAACGAUGAAGAUCCAAACACCUUCGUUAUUCCUCGCUAAGGAAAGAAUACAAGAUUCAGGAUUAAAGCUCAUAAUUUUCAUUUUUAAUCAUAAAAAAAAAGGUAUCUUUCUUAAAUUUUAAUUUGUACACUAUUUAAGUUACUAUUAUUAUUAUUAUUAUUAUUAUUAUUAUUAUUAUUAUUAUUGUUGUUGUUGUUGAAUCCCCUUGUGGAUUUCAUAACCCAAUAAGGUAUGCAGCUUCCAAUAUGAUGAGAAGUUUGCUAUCCUAUAUUGGAGGGCUGUAUUUUUUUUUUUUUUUUCCUUUUUUGUUGCAUCACCCUUCUCAUUUUCUUUUGUUAGAUUGAUGAUAUGGUACUGAUGCUAUGAGUUGUUUAUUCUCUUUUAACAUUUUCAGAAAAUAUAGAGUCUUUCAUUUGGUGUA